CGGCAAUCCCAGGAAAUGCACAGAGACAGCUUCAGAGGUGACUGAGGAGCCAAUGGAGGAAGAUCCAGGAGACCCAGCUGGAGGGUCCCCUUCAGACUCACCUCCCAGGGGCAACCGAGGUGCAAGGGACUGUCCUGAAGAACCCACUGCUAUGGCCAUAGCAGAUCAGCCAAAAUGUAAAAAACUGUGUAAGAAAAGCACUGACCCUCCAGGAUGUUACCCAAAUUCAGAGCCUGAAGACAAUAGAAAGUACUUAAUGGAGUGUUCAAAGUGUAAUAUUAAGUUUGCUCCAUCUGUCAAAUUUGACCAACGUGAAGUCAAUAUUAAGCUGCACAAAGAGAAAGAAGAUGACCAAAAUCCCUUUUUCACGACAACGUUACCCUGCACAAAACAGCAUGAAGAAGAAAUUCUUAAACCAACUUAUGAGAACUGUGAACACAAUUUGUAUUACAAAUAUGUCACUGGGAAUAAUAACAAGGGUGGAUUCAACAUUGACUUGUCCAUCACAAUUGAUAAGGACAUCCAGAAGGAAGACGGAUCUAAGGAUGCUCAACCUGCACAACAUGAACAUUCAGGUGAUGUGGAGAUGCAAGCGGAAGAAGAGAAGGAGCAAUAUGAAGUGAUAGAGUAUAAACCACAUUCUUAUGCAAACUCAACAGGAUCAGAAUCAGACACUGGUAAUUGGUUCUCACGCCUGCUUUUUUCUCGGACACCUACCAGGGACACAGUGAAGGUGAAGGUCCACUUUAUAUCCAACCAAGAUACGUUUGGUGCUGCUGAUGCCAUAAAGAAACAGUUGAAGAGCAACAUGGGGUCAUCACUACAGGAAGAAGAAAGAAGGAAGGAAUGCAACAUGAUUGUUGUCUUCUGUCCAAUCUUCCGCAGUGUUGAAUCAGAUGUAAACUCAAUGAUGGAAGCUACAGCAGUUUCAUCUCCUGGUAAACCCGUCAUUCUAGUUGUGAUGCAUCACACCAGAGACCCGGACUAUUCCACUGGACCAUAUGACCCUCGUGAAACAUGGAAAAAUGUUGUGCAUUAUGUUCAUGCUCUGUACCAUGAGACUACACCAGGAUUACUGAAAUGUUUCCACAAUGACCAGGCAAUCAAGGGCAUUCAACAAUUCCUACUAAAAAAACAACAGUUUGUUUGAAGUGUGCUUUAUUGGUCUUGCUAAAAAUGUUUUAGCUCAAUAGUACAUUUCGUCAUUGCAUUUCUUGACUAAAUAGAACAGGAAACAUUCAGCUACAGAGCUUCUCACCCUAAGCACGGAAUUUCUAUUCCAACUGUUAAGAAUUAUGCAUUUAUAGAUAUAUUAAGUUCCAAUUGGAUGUCAUUUACAACAAACUGCAUGUUUCAGCAGAUUCUACAGAAGUUUUAGGGCUUAGAACAAUUGGUAAAUAAAGAAAACAGAACCAGAGGCUAAACAAUUGCACUGCAGAUAUUCUGGUCCAGAUUGUACUUCACACAGUAACACUGCAGUCAACUUCCUGUUGACUGGAUGUACUUCUUGUGAUUUAAUCCUUGUGAUUUUUUGCUUCUCAAACCUUCUCAGACAGACAGUAGCAUUCUUCUUCUUUUUUUUCUUUCCCACAAGCUUUCCCUUUCUGACCUCAGUUUUUUUUUCCAGUAAUGUUAAAUGUUAUUCAAUUUUAAAAAUGGGAAAGUAGGAAAUUGUUGUAGAAACAAAACUUAAUAACUGAACUUAAAGGGAGGAAACAGUAAAUCUUCUUUCUUGUUGAAAUCAUUGUACAUUACUUGCUUGAAUAUUCAUCGCAAGCUAUGUUUCUUAAACAUAUUACAAAUAAAACUGUCAUGUUUAAUGUUCUCUGUGUUAAUUUCUGCAGCUUUACCAUGAGACAAAAACACAGCUGACUGAAUAAACCAUGGAAAUGUU